UAGGGUUUUGAUCUAUUGAAAGUAAGAACUUUUCAUCUCCUUAGCCACACAUGACGUCUCAGAAUUCUCUGUAGGAGAAUCAAGAAAAUCGUUCUGUGAUUCUCUUUAUAUUGCUCUGGCUUUUGCCCUACCCGUUUUCAUCUAUCGGUUGGCAUAUAUAUUGAUCACAGAUUCAAUUAAUCAGCACCAGCUGCCUCUGUAUCAAUAAGAUUUGAUAUAGAGGAUGACUUUUGAUCAGUUGGAAUUGGUUCCUUGUAUUUUCAUGGAAAAGUACUACUGCUAUUCUAAAGGAGGCCAUAUAUUAUUUGAUUUGGAGGGCGAGUUGCAUCCAACCCUUUUGAACCAAAGAUACGAAAUUACGAAUAUGGAGCUUCUGGGAUUGCAUUGCGGGCACGUGGUCCGUAUGUGCUAGCACCGGCUUCGUGGCAUUCGGCUUAUAUCAAAGUUUUCUGCAUCACAGAUUCACAAUGUUGUCGUUUCUACCUAGCUUACGAUUUAUCCUCACGCCAUAUCAUAUAUCAUCACUUAGAAGAGACCCAAGUUUUCUGAGCUACGCAACUAAUCAUCAGUAGCCAUGGAGACACCAACUAAUGAGAACAAUAACAACAAUGGUGCUAAUAGUACUAGUCACAACAUGCACCACUUCAUGGAAAUGGGCAUGGAUGUUCACAAGGUUGUUCCACCCCCAUACAGAAGCACCUUUCAGAAGCUCAAGACCAAGCUCAAGGAGACCUUCUUCCCUGAUGACCCUUUGCACCAGUUUAAAGGCCAAACCUCCAAGAAAAAAUGGAUUCUUGGGGCUCAGUAUGUGUUCCCUAUCCUUGAAUGGGGUCCUACUUACAGCUUCAAGCUCUUCAAAUCUGACAUUGUUUCUGGCCUCACCAUUGCUAGUUUAGCCAUCCCACAGGGUAUCAGUUAUGCUAAGCUGGCUAAUCUACCUCCCAUUGUGGGUUUAUAUUCAAGCUUUGUUCCUCCUUUGUUAUAUGCUGUUUUGGGAAGCUCAAGGGACCUUGCAGUAGGGCCUGUUUCUAUUGCUUCACUAAUAAUGGGAUCAAUGCUUAUGCAAGAAGUUUCUCCCUCUAACGAACCGGUCUUGUUCCUUCAGCUAGCCUUCACUUCUACUUUCUUUGCUGGUAUCUUCCAGGCUUCUCUAGGAUUUCUAAGGCUUGGAUUUAUUAUUGAUUUUCUUUCAAAGGCCACUCUUAUUGGCUUCAUGGCCGGAGCUGCUGUAAUAGUUUCUCUGCAACAGCUUAAAAGCCUCCUUGGGAUAACAAAUUUCACCAAGAAAAUGGCUUUGAUCCCCGUUUUGACCUCUGUCUUUAAAGAAAGGAAGGAGUGGUCAUGGCAAACUAUACUCAUGGGUUGCUGCUUCCUUGUCCUGCUACUGCUCUCCAGACACAUUAGCAUGAAAAAGCCAAAGCUGUUCUGGGUCUCAGCUGGUGCACCUCUGGUGUCUGUGAUCCUCUCCACCCUAAUUAUGUUUGCAGUCAAAGCCAAUAACCAUGGCAUCAGUGUGAUUGGAGAGUUACAGAAAGGGUUAAACCCACCUUCAUAUAACAUGUUGCAGUUCAAAGGAACACAUCUAGGACUAGCAAUUAAGACUGGGAUUACCACUGGGAUUAUUUCUCUCACUGAAGGUAUUGCAGUAGGAAGGACUUUUGCUGCUUUAAAAGACUACCGGGUAGAUGGAAACAAGGAGAUGAUAGCAAUUGGCAUCAUGAACAUUGUUGGCUCUACUACUUCCUGUUACAUUACAACCGGUUCAUUCUCACGGUCAGCUGUGAAUCACAAUGCCGGAGCAAAAACAGCGCUCUCCAACAUAGUAAUGUCAGUGGCGGUUAUGGUGACACUGCUCUUCCUAAUGCCACUGUUCCAGUACACACCAAAUGUCAUAUUGGGUGCAAUCAUAGUGACUGCUGUGAUUGGUCUCAUUGAUGUUCCUGCUGCUUAUCACAUAUGGAAGGUUGAUAAAUAUGAUUUCCUUGUCUUGGUAUGUGCUUUCUUCGGAGUCAUUUUCAUCUCUGUCCAAGAAGGCCUUGCCAUUGCUGUUGGAAUAUCGGUUUUCAAGAUUAUGCUGCAAGUUACUAGGCCGAGGACAGUGAUUUUGGGAAAUAUACCGGGGACAGAUAUAUUUAGAGAUCUACAGCAUUACAAGGAAUCGACAGCAACUGUCCCUGGUUUCCUCAUUAUAAGUAUUGAAGCUGCAAUCAACUUUGCCAAUACAACAUAUCUCAAUGAAAGGAUUUUAAGAUGGGUAGAAGAAGAAGAUGAAGGGAAAACACUUUCGAGCGUUCGAUAUGUUAUUAUAGACAUGACAGCUGUGAGCACCAUCGACACAACUGGCAUCACACUUUUUGGAGAUUUGAGGAAAUCACUCCUAAAAAGAGGAGUUGAGCUAGUGUUGGUAAAUCCACUGUCUGAGGUCAUGGAGAAACUGCAAAAGGCAUAUGCAGGCGAAGAGAUGAUGAAACCAGAGGCCCUGUACUUGACAGUAGGAGAGGCCGUAGCGUCAUUGUCCAUAUCGAUGAAGAAUCAAGCUUCAAAUAUAUACAAGGAGGGAUGGCAGAAGCAGCAGCAGCAGCAACAGGAAAAGCCAAAUGUAAAUGAGAGUUCCCAAAGUGAAUAGUUACGUACUUAAUGAACACAGCAGCCCACAAUAAGAUUUUCAGAUACAAAUGAAGUGAAUGAGCAUUGUUAGAAUUUCUACAACCAUAUUUGGAGCUCUGUGCGACUCAUGUUUUUCCUCUAUCACCUUCCUUAUACGUGUUUCAGUGUCUCUGUAAUUUGUUCUUCAAUUCUACACAUGAAUUCAAAGUAACCUUGUAGUUUUA